AUGAUUCGAAAAGGUCAAUACGCACGAGUCCAGAGUAUAGAGAUUGGCAGCAAGAAGCUGGCUCCUGAUCAAGCGCGAAGUCUUCUAGAGGCCGAGUCGUUCAUUCCUGAGACAAUCCGCUGGGAAAGAAUUCGAGCUCCGUUACUGGAAGCAGCCGUUGCACCUGAGCCAUUGGAUCCACCCCCGACUGGAUUUAGACUAAUCGACGUGGAGAAGUGCUGCGUUGUGAAAGCACCAAAGACCUUCGAGUACGUUGCUUUGAGCUAUAUUUGGGGUGAUGCGACAUUGAAUAGCAAAUUCCUACACCUCUCGCUGAGCAACUCCCGAGACUUGGAAGAACAGUACAGUCUCCAGGGGCCAGGAAUUCCAGCUACUGUCCAAGAUGCUAUGGCCGCAUGUCGCGGGCUCGGGAAGCGAUAUUUAUGGGUCGAUCGGUUUUGCAUUCCGCAAGAUGAACACAACAAUCCCACCAAGAAAGCCCAGAUCAACGUUAUGGGCCGCAUAUACAGUCACGCUGUUCUCGUCUUGGUAGCCUUGGAAGGCGAUUCCGACUCUGGUCUACCAGGAGUUUCCAAGCUGAGAUGCAAGCCUCGGUACAAAACACAAUUCUCGGGCCGCGAAUUUUGGGAAACCAACACAAGUACGUGGCAAUUUUUGGACGAGGUCCAUCUGUCGAAGUGGAGCAGUCGUGGAUGGACUUUUCAGGAAAAUUUCCUCGCUGCAAAGGUCCUCUUUUUCACAAAAGACGGACUUGUAGGAGAAUACUCUGACACGCGCAUGUUCUUCGAGAGCGAACCACCAGCAGAGGUGCCAAUGGCCAAUUAUGAAUCCAGGUCUCGAGGAAUUAACGACAAAUACGGUUUCUGUCAGUUGGCCGCUUACGAAGCAUCAAGGAGAGAGUUCGGAAAAGACUCCGAUAUCCUUAAUGCCAUUGCUGGCGUCCUAGAUGCGUGUGGAGAACACCGAUUCGGCAUUCCAUUGCAAGGCUUCGAUGAUUUUCUGACCUGGACCGUUAUUUCGCCACUUGAACGCAGAGAAUCCACGAAUGAACACAUUUUUCCAACUUGGUCAUGGGCCUCAGUUCGCGGCCAGAUGGUUCCGGCCAACUUGGAAACAGUUCCCCUGGCAACAUUUGGAUUCCCGAAAGGACACCAGUCAAACACACCAUGUCUCGAUCCCUGCUGGCCGAGGCACUUGAAGUUCGACCGUUGUGGAAACCUCAUCUUGGCAGCCGCGAUUGCAUGCCAGACGGGAUGUCUCAAAACACCUUUGCCUGAGCUUUUGCAACCCACUAAAGUGCCACGGUCAUUUGGAGACUUUGCACAAGACUUUAAACGAAGCUAUCCUACCUUCAUGAGCCUCUGGAAAGCAAUGCACGGCAUGGAACAAAACCAUUCACCCCUGCAGAACUUCCUCAACGAGUUCUCUACUGCUCAGGUGGAAAUGGCGCUGAAACCAGGACGCGUGCUAGCGUUGGCACAAGUGACGACACCAUCUAUUGUGUUGAAGUCUGUAUAUGAUCCACAAUCUCCAGACCUUCCUUUUGGAAGAGUUCAGAUCUUUUUUGGGGAAUCUGAUGUCGGUCGUAUCAAUUUAGACACGGAACAGGAUGUAAGGCGGUUAGUCCUGGUAGAUGACACCAUGCUGGGAAAGGGGCGUUGGCCGGCCAUGUCGAGUGAGCAAGAUGUGCGAUCAAACACGGAUCCAUAUGAGAUCGACUUUCUCGCCCUUGUAGUUUUUUUUCAAGGGAGUCGCACAGAAGAAACACCUACCGCCGUCACUGAUCGAUUCACCUUCGAUGAUGGCAGUCGCCCGGUCACGAAUUUCUUUAUCACGGCCUUGGCAAUGGAAACAAAUGCCGGGAUCUCGCGUCGACUGGGAGUCGCCUAUUUUCGGUUGGAAAAUUGGUUGAAACUGCCGCGUGGAUGCAAGGCUGUUGUACUGGAGUAG